AAACACAAAAAAGCCAAAAACAAAAAUUAGUUUUUUCGCUCUUACGUCAUAAAUAAAAAAUCAAUCGAUAGAUUUACGUCAUAGGAUAGAACGAAAAGAAACCACAGCAAGAGGUGGUUGGAAGCAGUGUGCCAAUCGCAACGCCUGAAGCCGACGACGGAGCAACAACCGCCGCCGCCGCCAUCGCCGCCGCGAUACUUUUCGUAUCGCGUGGUGAUUGAAGGUCCAGACCCGCCGCUUCAAAAACUCGCUUGCUCGGAGGUAUAGACAGCGAGGCUAAAAUGGCCCAUUAUGAGGGGGAAGAAAUGGAUCAUGUUGCUGAUGAUAAUGAAAUGGCAGAAGUAGAUGAAAUUAUGUAUUUUCAUGGUAGAGUGAUUGGUGAUUCAGAAUCUGAUGAUGAUGACGAGGACGACUAUGAUCAUUUGGACAAUAAAAUAACAGAUACGUCCGCUGCAGAUGCUAGGAAAGGAAAGGAUAUUCAAGGGAUUCCGUGGGAGCGAUUGAGCAUCUCUCGCGAGAAGUAUAGGCAAACUAGAGUAGAGCAGUAUAAGAACUAUGAAAAUGUUCCACAAUCAGGAGAAGGUUCAGAAAAGGAAUGCAAGCCAACCAAGAAAGGUGGAUCAUACUAUGAGUUUUGGCGAAACAAUAGAUCUGUAAAAUCAACAAUCCUUCAUUUCCAACUGAGGAACUUGGUUUGGUCUACAUCAAAGCAUGAUGUUUAUCUCAUGUCACACUUCUCUGUCAUCCAUUGGUCUUCACUAAGUGGCAAGAAAACCGAAGUUCUUGACGUUUCUGGGCACAUUGCCCCACGUGAGAAACACCCUGGAAGCAUUUUGGAAGGAUUUACUCAGACCCAAGUUAGUACACUGGCUGUUCGGGAUAACUUGUUAAUUGCUGGUGGAUUUCAGGGAGAACUUAUUUGUAAGUAUCUGGAUCGACCAGGAGUAACCUUCUGUUCCAGGACAACUUAUGAUGAAAAUGCAAUCACAAAUGCAAUUGAGAUUUAUGAAGGCCCCAGUGGCGCAGUCCAUUUCAUGGCUUCAAACAAUGACUGUGGAGUCAGAGAUUUUGAUAUGGAGAAAUUUCAGCUUUCCAAGCAAUUUUCUUAUCCUUGGCCUGUAAAUCACACUUCUUUGAGUCCUGAUGGUAAAUUUCUAGUUAUCGUUGGUGACAACCCUGAUGGAAUGCUAGUGGACUCUCAAACAGGAAAGACUAUAAUGCCUCUAUGUGGACACUUGGACUUUUCCUUUGCAUCUGCAUGGCAUCCUGACGGCCAUAUCUUUGCCACCGGAAACCAAGACAAGACUUGUCGUAUUUGGGAUGUUCGGAAUCUGUCAAAGUCUGUUUCUGUGCUCAAGGGUAAUCUGGGAGCCAUUCGCUCGAUUCGUUUCACGUCCGAUGGGCAGUUCAUGGCAAUGGCCGAGCCGGCUGACUUUGUGCACGUUUAUGAUGCGAAGAAUGGGUUUGAGAAGGAGCAGGAGAUUGAUUUCUUUGGGGAGAUCUCUGGUAUGUCUUUCAGUCCUGACACAGAAUCCCUUUUCAUUGGUGUCUGGGAUCGCACAUAUGGCAGUCUGCUUCAGUACAACCGUAGCAGAGAGGGGGAUGACAAUAUGUUGCCUGAUGUGAUGAUUGGUACUCUGCUUUGCUCAUAAAAAUAAUGCUGCUUUGUUAAUAUUAGAGGGGUUGGAGAAAGGGUUAAUGGUCUGUAACAUAAAUGAGAGAGGAUGUAAACUUGCGUUUUAGUGACUUUGUUGAGGAAACUAAAACAAUUAUAAAUUGCAUUUCUCUUUGGCUCUGCUUUUGUCUCAUGACAAGGGACUGCGGUCGGUUUUUCGUUUC